CAGCGUGUUUGUAUCCAUUCUCCUAGUGAUGGUUCAGAGGUCUGUAUGCUCAUUGGAGAGUUUCUCUGGGGAAGAUGCCAAGAAGUGACAUUGCUAGGGCAGAGGAGGAAGUAUCUUCACCUUUACCGUCUGUUCUUAAGUAGCUUUGUCAAGUCCUUGUACUUAUAAGAGUGAUCUGCUAAAGCCACAUUUUGAUGUAUGUCACAGGAAAUUUUCAUAAUGAAUGCUAGAUUUUCUGUGGUGCUAAAUAGUAUUUCAGUUUGUGUGCAUUUUAAUUUGCCUGAAAGGAAAUAUAAAGUUAUUUUGAAUUUGCUGGCAAACAGUUUUUUGCACCUUGUUAAGAAUUUAGCAUCUCUAAUAUUCAGGUCUGUAAAAGUUGGUGUGUCAUUAUUUUACUUAUUGUGAUGUAACCCCCUUAAGUGUAGGGUUAUAUGUUGACACAGUCUUGUAACUAUCAUUCCAAAUAAGAUACAGAAUAUUCCCAUCACCUCAGAAAAUCCCCUUUUGUUCCUUUUCAGUCAAUACUGUGCUGUCCUCAGCAGCCAUGGGUCUGAUUUCUGUUCUCAUGAUCUUGUCUUUUCCAGAAGGCACUAUGAGUGGAAUCAGAUGGUGUGAAUGUAGCCUUUUCGAGUGUGGCUUCUUUCACUUAGCGUAAUGCUUUUAAGAUUCCUCAGUGUUGCCUGUGUUAUGCUUUAUUCCUUUUCAGUGAUAAGUAGUAUCAGGAUGUUUUUAGGAGUACUGAAGUAUGUGAGUGUGAGCAGUGAUGAAAAAUGACUUCAGUCCCAUGCAGCUUGUGUGACUGAAUUUAUCUGUUUUUCUCAUGUCACUCAGCAUUAGGAGAAGUUUAGAGCAUCAACUUCCAGUUAGAAAGUACAUUAAUUUGUAAUCCCAUUACUUGAAUGUUCUAUUACCUCAGAAUAUUAAAAAACAUGCAUGAAAUUAGGGCCAAUGUUCUGUGUCUUAACCUGGGACCUGUGGUUUUGUACAUUUGUACUUUCCUUGGCAGGGUUCUUGGUGGUGGCAAUUGACCUUUAAAAGAGAUGAAAAACCACCAGUCUAAUGUAAGCUCUUGUUUCUGAAUUAAAAACAUCAAUUUAUAGAAGUAUAUUUAUUGACAUAUCAUUGAGUCAUGCUUUUAUAUUAAUUGGAAACGUUUACCAAAUACUGGCACAGAGAACUCUUUUGUUUUAUCAAGUGGCACAAACGGAGAGAAUAUUGGUAGAGCGAGCCUAAGUCCGCAGUUCUGCCUGCUCUGCGACGAAGGCUUUCGAAGGCUUUCCAGAGGUUUCCGCAGCCUUACUGCAGUGCCUGAAACAAGGUACAGCCCCACUUUGGCUUACCCACAGAGAAUGGAGCCUCGGGCAGUAAUGGACUUGUGCAGGGUCAUACCACAAAGGCGGGACAAGUGUAGGACCUGAACCCAGCUUGUUCUGCAUUCCGGAGCCUUUGUCCCUAACCCCUGGGUAAACUGCUUCCACACCUGAAGGGGCAGUGACCUAGACCCCCAAGUGUAGACACUUGUCAGGUGCUUUAUUUUCCUUCCUCUGGCUUUUCAGAAUUUUCAUGGCUUUUCUUAAACAUGUCUGCAAUGAAAUGUAGCUACCUGAUGAGAUUUUUUAAGAUCUUUGUCCUGAGAAGAUAAAUCACAUCAGUGCUCUUUCUGAUUUAGUCUUUGUUUUGUCCUGGAUCUGGGGAAGUCUCCUGAGCAUCGGGGAUGGAAACCAGGAGCAGGGCUCACUGUAGAUACCCCAAGUGACACAGUCUAGAGCGCGGAUCUGGAAUUCUCCCCUGGCUAGUUUCUCAGACAGGGCCUAUUUGAAGCAGGCUCUGCUCAAACUCAGUACAGAGUAUAAAGAGCAGCUGGCUGCCUUAUCCCAGAGCCCCCAUCGCUGUCCCCACUGCUUCCCUGGGAGCCCAGCGCUACUCCAGGCCCUGAGAUCAGUCAGACACGGGCACUGCUCUUGAGCAGCUCGGGCUGGGGACGGCAGUGCUGCAGGGAGCCCUGGCCUCACGGGGACCCUUCUGGGAGGAACCAAUCCAGAGCCCACUCCAAGAAGUCUCUAGACCAGAAGGGGUAGGUGUCAGCAGUUCGGCUUUUCUGGCCCAGACUCUGCCGCAGGGCUGCUCCUGGUAGUUGUUUACAGGACCCCGCUGGCAGAGGAGGACAGAUGGUACCAGUUUUGAAGGUUGCCGUUCACCUCCGACGAGCCCUUUGGUCUGUAUUUUGUGUGUGUGUCUCGUGCAGAGGAAGCACUCAGUCCUGGGCAGGACGGACGGAGAGCUUCGAUUUGACUCAGAUGGAAGAAGGAUGCUGCAGGAAAGGGAGGAACGGGAUGUUCGUUGUCAUGGCAACCAGCAGGUUUUUAUCUGGAAUGUCGCCUUUGCAACCUAAACCAGUCAGUCACCUUUUCUCUCACUGAAGGAAACCGACUGAUGCAAACUCAAGAAAUGACAGUGCCAUGGCUCAGCGGGGUUUUCUUUGCUUCUUAGAAACAGCCUUGCAGGGACUUUAGUUCCUUCAUAGAAUUUCAGAGCUGAAAGGCACCCUGGUGCCUUACAGAACUUUAUGAAGUCAGGUGCUCUGGGAUUUCCUAUUAUGACGCGUCACCUCAUUUCCCCCUCUGCCCCCCACCCGGUCUCGUGCACAUGGCCAGGAUUUUCACAGGAGGCUAGAAUGAGGGUAGAACGUCAUGACAUGAAUACCUUAAGCUUGCCCCUAAGCAUUCGCCGAGGGGGGUCAGACACCAACCUCAACUUUGACGUACCAGAUGGCAUCCUGGACUUCCACAAGGUCAAGCUCAGUGCAGACAGCCUGAAACAAAAAAUUCUGAAGGUGACCGAGCAGAUAAAAAUUGAGCAGACGUCCCGCGACGGCAACGUCGCUGAGUAUCUGAAACUGGUCAGCAGCGCGGACAAGCAGCAGGCCGGCCGCAUCAAACAGGUCUUCGAGAAGAAGAAUCAGAAAUCCGCUCACUCCAUCGCCCAGCUGCAGAAGAAGUUAGAGCAGUAUCACAGAAAGCUCAGGGAGCUCGAGCAGAACGGAGGCCCCAGAAGCUCCAAGGACAUUUCCAAAGACAACCUCCACGCUCUGAGAGAUGCCGCCGCCAAGUCUCGAACUGCCCCCCACAGCACGGAGUGCGCGAAGUCGGGCAUGCCAGGCGUGUCCCUCACUCCGCCCGUGUUCGUCUUCAACAAGUCCAGAGAGUUCGCCAACCUGAUCCGGAAUAAGUUCGGCAGCGCUGACAACAUCGCACACUUGAAGAACUCCUUGGAGGAGUUUCGGCCCGAGGGCAGUCCCCGGGCCUACGGGGGCAGCGCCACCAUCGUGAACAAACCCAAGUACGGCAGCGACGACGAGUGUUCAAGCGGCACGUCGGGCUCCGCCGACAGCAACGGGAACCAGUCCUUCGGGGCCGGCGGCACCGGUGCGCUGGACAGCCAGGGCAAGCUGACCGUGAUCCUGGAAGAACUGAGGGAGAUCAAGGACACACAGGCUCAGCUGGCCGAGGACAUCGAAGCGCUCAAAGUGCAGUUCAAGAGAGAGUACGGCUUUAUUUCUCAGACCCUGCAAGAGGAGAGGUACAGGUACGAGCGCCUGGAAGACCAGCUCCACGACCUGACUGACCUGCAUCAGCACGAGACCACCAACCUGAAGCAGGAGCUGGCCAGCAUCGAGGAGAAGGUGGCCUACCAGGCCUAUGAGCGCUCACGGGACAUCCAGGAGGCCCUCGAGUCCUGCCAGACGCGCAUCUCCAAGCUGGAGCUGCACCAGCAGGAGCAGCAGGCUCUGCAGACAGACACCGUGAAUGCCAAGGUCCUCCUGGGAAAGUGCAUCAAUGUGAUCCUGGCCUUCAUGACCGUCAUCCUCGUGUGCGUGUCGACCAUUGCCAAAUUUGUCUCGCCCAUGAUGAAGAGCCGCUUCCACAUCCUCGGCACCUUCUUCGCCGUGACUCUUCUCGCAAUAUUUUGUAAAAACUGGGACCAUAUCGUGUGUGCCAUAGAAAGGAUCAUAAUACCCAGAUGAAGCCACCGGUGCCCGUCUUCACGUUCACUCACGUUUCUGUGUUAAGGAAAACUCUGUGCAUUACCACCAAAUCUGAAAGCGAACCGUUGUGCUGACUAGAGCCCACCAGGCCUGGGCCGCGCGUUGUAAAUAUCUCCAGGCCUCCUCACGCGCAGCCGCUGCCGGCUCAGCCCCUGUGCUUGGUGAACGUGGACCUGUUGCCAAGCUCGCCCCACGUCGCUCACUGCCUUAAUGAGACCAGAUUUCCUGCCCACCUGACUAGCCCAACAUGGUAAACCUGUGGUCCUUGAGCGUUUGGUGUGAUUAAUGACCCACAAGAAAUGGGGUGUUAAGUCUCUGUCUCCCUUAAGUUUCUGUCAAAAUUGAGCUUCAUAGUCACUGGUGGUGGUGUUCUCCCCAAGUCCCGUAAGCAGCAAGGCUGUGGCAGGACUUGGGCAGGGGACAAAGUGUGGGCGUUGGCCACGGGGAACACUUGUGGCCUACAGAGGUACAGUAGAUCCUGUGUAAUCCAUUGCGCUGGUUCCCGGAUAACGCUGGGUCUCAGGUGUUCCCCUUGUCCUCAGUGGUCCAUUGUGCGGGGCUUGCCACAACGUGGAAAUCUUACAGCACGUUUGUCUAUCCGUGGAAGUCUAACUUAGGUGUUUUCUUGCACUUUAAAUGGUAAGACAGGAAGAUCCAAGAGUGGGGUUUUCGCCUCCUUACACCCAGGAAGCCGCACGCCCAAUUCUAUCUUAAGUAGAAGGCUCUCAAGUGCCUGGCCUUUAAGCAUGUAGAAAUGCUUCCAGAUCCCACAUCAGACUGUGGCUCGAGCGGGAGUGUAGGCUCCGGAGGUUUGCGCUGCGCUGAGUCUUGAUGGUGAUAACCCCUCGUGGGGGUGUGGUUCACUUUACUCAUCGGCCUGGGGAGGGUUGUAAAGCUUACCACGCAGGUGAACACCAGUGAUGCUCGUGUUGGGGGGUUCUUUUCUCCCCCUUUAAGGAGGACGACAGAAUUGUACCGUGUGAGGUGAAAGUGCACUGAGGUAGGGGCACUGGAAGCGGGAGGAAAACAAGGUGUGUGGUCUCGGGGGUGGCAGUCAGAUGAAGACCGAGAAGGUCUUCUGAGGACGCCCGCUGAGACCAGCCGCUGUCUGAUGAAUUAGAUCCAGUGUCUGCACCGAGGUUGUCCAUGGUCUCGUAGGGGCUCACUGAGGUGCCACGGGAAAGGAGUGGCCAUGCUUCUUCCCCUGAGGUGAAAGCCUUCAGAAGUUAACAUCUUCUGCCUGUUUGGGUGAUGCUGCUUACUACUUUCGGCCCAGAUAACACUCUCCUUUAAAUCUUUUUCUCCCAGCUGAUACUUCCCUUUAAAUCUUUUUCUCUCUGCACCUAACGAAGACGAAGAUAGAAGGUUUUAAUGGAAACUGCUGUUCAGUCCCUCCUCCCACCAUCCGCUCUGUUAUCUGAAGGCGUGGAGAUGUAUGUUAGUGUACAUUUUCUUCCAGAAAACAUCGAAUCGCCUGGAUUUAAAUUAAGUGCAAUAUUUUGCGAACAGCUGCUCUUAGGGAAACUCCUGAAAAAAAUGUGACAGUGUGCCGUGGUUUGAGAGAAUGGAAUAGUCGAGCAUUUGGUCCAAGUCCAGUGUGUGUGAGACUCAGACAACUCAAGCUUUCUUCUUCAUCUUUUUUUAACUUUACAGUUCAGUGGUUUUAGUAAAUUCACAAAUUUAUGCAACUCUCCCCACUAUCUAAUUCUGGACUCGAGCUUUUUCAAACAGUAGGCAUCACUCAAUGACAUCUUUGGCUGUACGGAUUGUGGACUCAGGGACGAAGGAGCUCCCAGCCCCACCCCCAUCUCAUGGCUGUGUCCCCUUCUACUGUCAGACCCUCCCUUGUUCUGCCAAGUUGGCUGUAAAUACACUGAGCCAUCGAAUCCAGGGGACAAAAGAGUUCCAGAUCCAGGGAAGAGAGGGAGAGAAAAUGGUGUGCUUCCUUUUGCUUCUACAUUUUAAUGGCCAGCAUUCCCCAUUGCCUGUAGGCAUCAGGCUUCAUUUGGCCGAGGGCUGGCUGCCCCUUCCCUUGGAUCAAGCUGGACCCUGGUGGGCACCCUUCAUGUCUGUGAAUCUUUCUGAGGCCCUCUGGACAUGCCAGGGCUUGCAGCGGAGGUUGCUGUCGCUGUUUGUUUAGAGCGAGUGAGGGAGGCGGCUAACCCGCAGGCUGCCAUACUCUGCUCAUCGCUGGCUUUGACGCUUCCCAGACCUUUCCAGAUGCUUCCCUGACGCUUCCAGACCAGUGGGGAGGAGGCAGCGUGUCUCCUCCCCACUGGGAGAAGCAGGGAAGAAAAUGGAAAGCGGCACACUCCACCCCCUCCUGUCUGGAGCUGGGAACAGAAGCUGCUAGAAACUGGCUCUGUUCUGAAAUGUUCUAGGGUCUAAAUCAUCCCACCUGAUCAUGACUUCUUUGCACAGAAUUUGUAUUUCCAGUGAUUCUCAUUAGAUGUCAGAUAAUCUUAUUUUCACCUGGAUAUGCUCAACCUACGUGGCAUAUUUAUUUUUGAGUCUUGUUGAAAGUUCAUGAAGCUUUUUAAUAAGCUGAUACACUCCAAGGAGACCUUUCUUUACUCGCUGCAGUUUACCGUUCUCUUCUUAAGGAAAUAAACCCUCCCGUUGUGUGUUUUCUUGCCUGCGUAAAGGGAGUAAAUAAAAUUUUAUAAAUUAUUCAAUUAAAAAUUGUGAUCCAGCUAGGACAUAUCCUGGAAUUGGUCAUUUACAUUUAAGUCAACUAAUUUUUCCCUCCAUCCUUCGUUGGUAGGAAACCUCUUAUACAUACCUGAGGACAGACUCAGUCGUGAGGUGGACAGACACCUGCUCCCUUAGCGAACUGGACAUUGCAUUCUAGCACAGGAUUUUUUGGUGACAUACUGUUUUCAUGAUCACCAAGAUAAUGAUAGUUUGCUGGGGACAAAACAGAAACCCAAAAAUACUCUUCUGUGGGCUUUAAAUUGGUUACUCCAGCUUAGGUUUUGAGUAUGAUGGAGCCAGAACAAAACAUCCUACCCACCCACCCCCCAAUUCAAACCGCAAUGAAGCAGUAAAUAAAAGUACUCCAUUGCUGGUUUUGUGCAGAGAGUGGGAUCAGUCCCAAGUUUCUGGCAUGUACCAUUAGUGGUUUUGCUUCUGUGAUCAUGGUGAACUAUUGAGAGAUUCUCUGAAACUCCCCACCCCUCCCCCCAUAAUGCAGUUACCCCAUCAAUCAAUUAGCAUCCAUGGGACCUCAGCCCCUCUGCUUUGUCACUCUUGUUUUCAUGGAAAUAUUGCCCUGUUAGGUAUGUUGAUUGCCCUGCCAUUUCUCCAGCAUAUCAGGUUUAAUUAUAGAAUUGAUAACAGUGACGGGAAUUGGAUUCCCUUGGGCACUUAAUUAUUUGUGUCCUUUGGGGUUGGAUUUUAAAUUCCAAAUUGUUUUGCAUCAAAGAGGAACAUCUUUGUGUUGAAUCUAAGUAUAGUUGCAUUGGUUUGGAAAAGCAUUUCAAGGUGCUUAAUAAUAUGAAAACGUGUGAUUCAACAACCUGUUUUGCAUAUUUCUAUAAUUUUGAGGAGUGAGCCGGGGAAGAGUGAGAUGGCGUUAUUUAAAAUUCAGAACUUUAUCUGGAGAGAGGUGUUUCAAAAAGUUUAGCCCAUGUGUUAAGGAAGGAGUUAGUCUAAAAAGAUUAAUCACUGAAAGGAAGGAUAUUGGUCUAUUUACAUCAAAAGUAGUUAAGAAGCUAAAAUGUACAGUUAACACGAGUUUGGUAACCCAAAAGAUACAAAGCAGAUCUAACCUAUAAUUUUCUAAAGUCAGUGCAAUCCUUUGUUUAUAAGAAGCUGGAAAGUAAUGUACCUUGAUUGUUUUAGGAAUAGUUUAUGUGUUACCAUUUUAAUUUAUUUAAAACGUGUCUCCUGUCUUUGUCCUAAGAGAAAUGUUUCAACAAAAUGUGCUCUGUGUUUAAGAUAUGUUUAGGCAGUAGUUAGCAGUUCCGAAAAUGGAAACUAGAAAUGUUUGUUGUGAGGUCUUUUGCAGAAUUUCAAUUUUGUGAGAUACUGUGUAGUCCCACGUCAGCCUACAGUUGUAAAUCCCGUGUAGAUCAUCACCCCCUUCAAAGCAGGUGCCAUUAUUUUUUUAAAUAAACAUUUAAUGUUAGCUUUGAUGUUCAAUAAAGAGUUCGAUUUCUUAAAUUUC